CUGACUGGCAGAGGUUCAUAACUCGAGCCGCGACAUCGCCUGUCUGUGUCCGGUGUGGAACACCUCCUCUUCUCUAGCCCUGGUCGGACAUCAACACGAUGGAUUUUAACGUGAAAAGGCUUGCCACGGGUGCUGGGUUGCUUUUUACACGGGCUGUGCAGUUUACAGGGGAGAAGCUGGGCCAGGUGGAGAAAACUGAGUUGGAUGCUCACUAUGAAAACCUAGUGAUCCGUGCGGAUUGCACCAAAAACUGGACUGAGAAGAUCUACAGACAAACAGUGGUCUUGCUGCAGCCCAACCCAAGUGCUAGAAUUGAAGAGUUUCUCUAUGAAAAGUUGGACAGGGAAGUACCAUCCAGAGUUACCAAUGGGGAACUUCUUGGUCAUUAUAUGCAGGAUGCUGCGAACGAAUUUGGUCCGGACACUCCAUAUGGGAGUAGCUUAAUCAAGGUGGGCGAGUGUGAGAGAAGAUUAGGAGCAUCUGAGAGAGAGUUCCUUCAUACUUCAGCCAUCAGUUUUCUUACACCCCUCAGGAACUUUUUGGAAGGAGACUGGAGGACCAUUUCGAAAGAACGACGUCUAUUGGAGAAUCUUCGUCUUGAUUUGGAUGCUGCCAAAGCUCGUUUCAAGAAGGCCAAAGCUGCUGAAGCGAAGGCUGCUUGCGCGAGUGAGGUGGUUCCAGAUUUUCAGGAGACCAGACCACGCAACUAUGUGCUCUCUGCCAGUGCUUCUGCUCUUUGGAGUGAGGAAGUUGAAAAAGCUGAACAUGAACUCAGGGUUGCCCAAACGGAGUUUGACCGACAGGCAGAGGUUACACGGCUUCUUUUGGAGAGUAUCAGCAGUACGCAUGUGAAUCACCUCCGCUGCCUGCAUGAGUUUGUUGAGGCCCAAGCAACUUAUUAUAAGCAGUGUCACGUCCACAUGCAAGAAGUACAGAAAGAACUUGGAAGACGUCCAGAUGCUUUUCCACUGAAUUCCACUGCCUCCAUGGCUUCUGCAGACUUGACAUCAGAAGGCUUCAGCAGUACUGUGGAGACUGAUACACUGAAGAUUGAAGAAGUUCAAGCACCUGCCGCAGGGACUCGUACGGCCAAAGUCCUUUAUGAUUAUGAUGCUGCUGACUCCAGUGAGCUUUGCCUCAAAGCAGAUGAGAUAAUUACAGUUUACGCAGUCCCAGGAAUGGACUCUGAUUGGCUGGUUGGUGAAAAGGGGUGCCAAAAAGGAAAAGUGCCUGUCACAUACCUGGAGCUUCUCAGCUGAGGGACACACUGACACACAAAUUUAUGAAUGGGUUAACCUCGGUAUUUUCACAUUUUGUCUGACCUGGGCCAAUCUUCUGCAACCAACCAUGUUUGGCGAGUCUUCUGCAACAGUCAUGCAGGAAGAUACGUGCCGGCUGCUAUGUUAGUAUGUGUCCGCCUACCGGGACCACACUUGAGGUGAUGCAAUGUGUAAGGGAGGGGAAGGGACAUGAACGAGGCUGAGCUGACCUGGGACAGCAUGAGCAUAGUUGGACCAUUUCAGAGCCACUCAGGCAGUAACAGACUGGGGGAUGGGUGGGGGGGGGAUGUGCAUUAUGCUUUCAGGCAGUAUCACUGUAUGAAGAAAGACAUGAUCAGAGAGGUAUGGUUUUGUAUCCUUAGACAAUGUUAUCAAUGUUGUGGCUGUGGGUGAUUUGAGACUUAACACCAGAGCUAAGAGCUAAAGCUACCUCAAAACUUGGGCUGGCAUGGCAAUGACAAUUUAGCACAAACAGUAUAGUUUCAAUGCAGUGUAGAAUAAACGAUUUCAAAAUAUGUGGAUGAACCUGUUUGUUGUAAAUUGAGAUCUUUACUGUGACACCCAGGGAGGUGAAGUGGUGCAUUGUUCCAGAUCAGAAUCUAGGUCAGACAUUAAAUCACUCAUGUGUGAUCUGCACCCACUGCUGUGGACUGGCUUUCAUUUUUAAUGUUUCCCGUGUUUACCAUUUUUUUCCAUGUAUAAUGCGCCCCCAUGUAUAAUACGCACCCUAAAAAUGGCAUGUCGAUGCUGGAAAAAAGCCUGUACCCAUGUAUAAUACUCACCCAAAUUUUUUUUAUUUAUUUUUUUAAGUCCCUAUGAUCGUCACACACGCAUCUGGGUGAGGUGAAAUUUGUCCUCUGCAUUUGACCCAUCCCCGUGUGUUUUAAUCCAUCCCCUGGGGGAGAGGGGAGCAGUGAGCAGCAGCGGCACCGCGCUCGGGAAUCAUUUGGUGAUCUAACCCCCCAAUUCCAACCCUUAAUGCUGAGUGCCAAGCAGGGAGGCAAUGGGUCCCAUUUUUAUAGUCUUUGGUAUGGUCUUAACUAGGCUGGAUGUAUUUAUUUUGUUGGCGUUGAUUUCUCCGUCUGCCCGUAAAGGCACCACCGUGAUCAGUUAGGUUAAAAUGAAAAGAGAGGAAAGUGACGUGCGGACAUGUGAAAAAGGCGGCUCUGUAUGGGAGAGAAGUUGAAGAGGAAUAAAAACACCCUUGGAAACCAAAACUUGCCCCUCGUCGUGACUCGGAGCCGCAACAAAUGUUUCGGAUUUGUGUAGGGUACAUUGUGACAGCAAACGAGCAGGUGAUCGAGCAAGCGUCUGAUACGAGAGCAUUGCGUUCGUAUGGAGCGUGUUUGAAGUGAACAGCAGAGACGAAAGGAACAAGGCAAAGUGUUGUGAAAUAAAACAUUACCUGUAAUACGCAUUUUGUUAUUUGCUGAUUGUAUUAAACUAUCACAUUCAUUGUCAGUCAAGAAGAGAAGAGGACUAUUCGCAUCGGAUCCAUAGUGCGCAUGCGCAGUUAUACUGCCUCGGUAUGACGUCCGGUCCGCGAUGGAGAUUAAAAAACAAACAAUAUUUGACAGGUUUCUGUUCCUGUCUUUGGUAAUGUUACCCUGUCUUUUUGUUCCACGUCUUUGUCGGUCAGUCCUGUUGGUUUUGUUAGAGAAUUAUGUUAGUUUACCAAGUCUGUGUUUUGAGUUCCUCCAAUGAACCCUGGUCCAAGCUGCACUUGGUCGCCCUGCUCCUUUCCACACUCCACCAAGAUUUUCUUCAAAAAAUUGUUGUACCAUGAUUUUCUUAAAAAAAAAAGAAAAAAAAAAAGAAUUUUUUUUUUUUUUUUUAAAUUGUACAAUUGUAUAAUGCGCACCCCAGAUUUUAGGACAAUAAAUUAGUUACAUUUUGCGCAUUAUACAUGAAAAAAAACGGUAUUUAUUUUUUUAUAUGUAAUCUGUUCAUUUAACAGGUUAAAAAGGAAGACCAUAGAUAAAGUCCAGUGCAGUGGUGCUCAUGUUUCUGGGUUGAAUAACCCAGCAGGUUCGCUGCCUUUGAACCUCCAGCAAUUUAUCAGGCACCACACGCUUUACAACAUACAUAGUAAUGUGAUCAUUUGAGAUAGAAAAUAACAUUUCGGCCAGUGUAAGGACAGUGUCAAUAACACGGAUUGUGGUGUCUCAAUACUAGAGCUCGGAAUCACUCUUUAAAUCCAUCUGCUCUUCGUAUUAUCAAUAACAAAGGUCUUCUGAAUGGACUUGUAUUUGCAAAUAAAGAAAUGUCGCCAACAAAUCCAAAACCAAUAUGAUCAAAAUGGUAAAUGGCAACUAGCGGGCUAUGGCCACACUCGGUGGGGCAUUCACUUAUUUUUUUUAAAAAAAUGUUUAGUGUAGCUGAGCAGUUGAAAGUUGUAAUAACAGUUUUUGCCACUGAAUGGCAGUGCUCAACAGCGCAUCCAACCCCAAGACUGGACUUCAGCGAUGAGGAGAACUGGUCAGGGCUAAAUAUGAUCAAGAAAAGGUUGUCUUUCGGGUGAAAUAGUAAGCAAAUAAUAUGUUCACUAAAAUUAAACACAAACCUGUUUUCCUAAUUUGGCAAAUAAUUUGUUCACUGAAAUUAAACACAAACCUGUCUCCCUAGAUCAAUUAGAGACACUACCAGCCAUGAAAGGUUUAUGAUUUCUAAAUAAGUAGAUGAACCUGCUUGUUGGAAAUUGAGAUAUUGUCACUUUAACACCAAUCUCUCAGCAUGCCAGACAUUUGUGCACCUAAUUCAUGCAAAGGCUCAUGGGGCAUAGGAAUAAAGUGGAUUAAAAUAUACGAAAAAUAUUUACAAAUCAUUAUUCCUUCAAUUACAGUGAUCCCAUUAACUUUCAGUGUGAAUCUUUUGCACCAUUGGGACAAUGCUGCGUUUUCUAACUAGAGACUGCAUUGAUUUUUGGAGAAAAUCUGCAGGUCACCAUGGUCUAUUAAAAAAACACAGGAAAGGAGGCGUUACAUCUGCUUCAAAAUAUUGAUGAGGCCGUGUCUUCGGAUAAGUGGUCCAAGUGAGCAGUUUUCAUCCUCGGCAAAGAGAAGAUGUCAUCACAUCCCCCACAAUGUAAACUGUUUAGGUCAUUGUAAAAUCUGGAGAUUAGGGGGAGAAAUGAUUGAUUGGGAGUUAAGUGUGAAAAAAGGGUUGAAAUUCUGAAGUCUCCCACCAGAAUUGGGGAAGUUGGUAAGUAUGUCUAUUGGUGCAUGUUUUGCUACAGGAUCAUGAAUUGUCAGUGCUAUCGAAUGGAGAAACGGGACCGUUGCAAUGAAGGAAUGUAUUUUUUUGUUCGGCGGCCCGGAUUAAAAAGCACUGCGAGCUGUAGUUUUCCCAUGUCUGUUGUUCCAUUAUAUAGUCUAAAGUCAAUCAAUGUAUCAGUUUGUAUAUCUUACGAGAGAUAAAACAUAUUGCUUGGUUAUUUGCCCUUUGGUUGAUGGUACAUAGAGAGCAGAUAGAGAGAGCAGGAAGAGUACAUUAUAUACACUGUAUUAUUAUAUAAUUUAUAAUCUUUUUAUGUGAAUCAUUUUACUUUUUUAAAAUGUAUCCCCACAUAAAAUGCUUUUGGGCGGCACAAUGGUGCACAAUGGUGCACCGCGAUUUCUCAUGAGCCUCAGCUCGCAAUCUCCCAUGAGCCUCAGCAAAGUGUAAACAAUCGCGUUUCUCAAACGAUCUCCUAUAAAAUGAUCGGAACUGACUAAAGUUCGAUCUAACGCAUUGGUACUACUUACCAAUGUUUCCCUUCCAUAUCGAUCCGUAGAUUUACUCGAAACAUUAACAGAGCAGCCUAUUUUGACAUGCAAUAGCCUCGCGCGUAUAGCAGCUAUCGUUAUAGCAUUAGCCAUCCGCAAUCUCCCAUGAGCCUCAGCAAAGUGUAAACAAUCGCGUUUCUCAAACGAUCUCCUAUAAAAUAAUCAGAACUGACUAAAGUUCGAUCUAACACAUUGGUACUGCUUACCUAUGUUUCCCUUCCAUAUCAAUCCGUAAAUUUACUCGAAACAUUAACGGAGCAGCCUAUUUUGAAAUUAAAUAGCCUCGCGGGUACAACAGCUAUUCGGUGACGCCCCCUGAUUACAGUUGCCGUAAUGUUGGGAAGCGAUGCGACCUUGUAAUUUACUAGUUGUACUAAAACGUACUGAAACAUUUUGGCAGAGCACUGUGUACAACCAGUAUGGAUCAACAAAUUCAUCAAUUGAACCAUAUAUAAGGAGCUCUGCAUUAUAAGGCGCACUGUGUUUUUUUUAGUAAAAUGUAAGUUUUUAGGUGCGCCUAAUAGUGCGGAAAAUACGGUACUUAUACAUAUUACGUCUCUGUAGCAGCAGCCACAUGACAACAUUUACAGAUUUUGGAAUUUGGUCCACACAAAAGGCGCACCUUAUUAAAAGGGGCACCUUUGGUUUUUGAGAAAAUGAAAGGCUUUUAAGUGCACCUUAUGGUGCGGAAAAUACGGUAUAUCCAAGACGCUCAGACUAUCCAACUUAAAACUGCAAUAUCUCGUAAAUCCUCGGUUUGUGUUUACAUGUUUACGACAUACGUCUCAUAUAGUAGUAGAAGUAAGAAGUAGGGAAGUAAUCUGGGGAGAGGACGCUGGCGCUGAUUGUUCGCCGCUUCUCCACCAGAAUUAGUUUAGUUUUAGUGUUUUUAACUAUUUAUUUAUUUUUAGCCAUUAUUAAAGUUUAGUUUUUAACUUCUAGUUUUAGUGUGCAGUGCGCCUGGACCGCGGCGAACUGCGGCGAACCUCCACAGAGCCGGCUGCCUACUACGGCGCGCCCACCCCAACACCCCCGCCAAGGCAUCCUGGCUAGCCUAGCCAAUGGCUAACACUCAAGUUCAGUUUUCUCCAACCGGCACUAUAUUAACUUACUCCAUCCCCCGCUUGCUGGAGCUGAGUAAUCACACCAUUCCAGGGUGUGUCUCAGUCAUCAAACAACUCGGACUUCUCCGCAGACCACGUUACAUCCACAGAAGCACCCGUCGUAACUUUGUUUUCUCCCAACCCGUCCAUAACACUGUACCAUUCAUCUGCUCCUCCUCCGCCCGACACCCCGUCGCAUGUACAACACGUCAUCAGAUACCUGGCGGACUUGGAUCUUAUCUUAGCAACCAUGCGGGGCUGCAGUACUCCAGGUGGCCUGGAAAACAUGGUGCGGACUUGACUCCUACACGGAGCGGACUCCGACACAAGACGAACACCGGGUUGCCGGGAAAACACAGAGUGUUAAUUUCUCCAGCGCAGGACGGACACCAACACGGAGUGGAUUUCACUCCAACACAGAGUGGACUGCACUGCAUGUGGCACAGAAAACGUGGAGUGGUUUUCUCUCUACUUCGCCCCCUACCUAAACACAGCCCCACAGCCACAAUCAAAAUGGAUCUCCUCAACAUCCAAACACUCACCCGUAAAUCAUCAUUUAUUCACGACCUCAUCCUGGACAAAGGCUUAGACAUAAUGUGCCUGACUGAGACCUGGCAACCACCCGAUGUCUAUCAAUCCCUCAAUGAAGCCUGUCCCUCUGGUUAUAAAUAGAUUACUAAACCUCGCAGCACUGGCCGUGGCGGUGGCCUGGCUGUACUCCACUGUCUUGAUCUAGAGCUGUCCCCCCUCCCUCUACCUGAUCACUCCUCAUUCGAAUCCCUUGCAUUCAAAUGUAAACCUCCAUAUCCUAUCACAGUUUUACUUAUUUACCGCCCUCCUAAACCAAACUCCUCUUUCAUUCCAGAACUACACGAUCUACUCACUACCCUCUGUACCUCCACUUCCUCUAAUCUAAUCAUAUUAGGUGAUGUUAACAUCCAUGUCGACACCCCCUCCCGCCCCCCUGCCUCUGACCUGUUGCAACUAUUGGACUGUUUACACCUCACCCAACAUGUAAAUGUCCCCACACAUGACAAAGGGCAUACACUUGACCUUGUCAUCUCCUCAUCGGCCAUAAGCAGCCUGCAAGUUCACGAGGUCGGUGUGUCUGACCACAAACUUAUUCAAAUGGAACUUCCUUUCCCACACCCCCACUCCAAACCCAAGCGGCAGAUUUCAUUCAGAAAUUUCAAAAACAUCAACCAAGACACUAUAGCACAGGACCUCCAGCUUCUCUCCUCCUCCUCUGCAACCUUUACAUCAGUCAGCAAGGCAGUGGACCAUUACAAUAACACUUUGGCCAAACUUCUAAGUAUCCACGCCCCCCCAAAAAACAAAACAGUCACCUUUUCACGCUCAGCCCCCUGCUACACCAGUGAGCUCCGUCUGAUGAAGUCAACUGGACGCAUCCUGGAGCGUCGUCUUAAAGCCUCAGGACUGACCGUGCACAAACAGGCCUACAAAGAACAUCAGAAGGCCUACUCAAAAGCCCUUGGGACUGCACGUGGCCAGUUCUAUUCCAAUAUCAUAAACAAUACCCCUGGAAAUUCAAAACAGCUCUUUUCAACCCUCAACCACUUUCUCAAACCCCAACCCACCACUCCAACAGAAUCCUCAGAGGUAGUGUCCAAUAACUUUAUGACCUUCUUUACCGCUAAGGUUGACAACAUCCGCACCCAGCUCCUCUCCUCUUCUUGCCCCACCACUUCACCUCCUCCCCCCUUCCUUCCACCCGGGACAGUCCAGCCUCUCCGCUGCUUCUCCUCUAUCUUGCAGUCGGAGGUAGAAGACAUCAUCAAAAAGAUGAAACCCUCCCCACAUGUGCCCUGGACCCUUUCCCCACAGCCCUCAUUAAACAACAAACCUCAGCCAUUAGUCCCCUAAUAACCGAUGUCAUCAACCUCUCACUCCAGUCUGGCUCUGUACCCCCUGCAUUGAAGACUGCCAUUAUUACCCCCCUGCUCAAAAAACCCUCACUUGACCCGGACAACCUUGCCAACUACAGACCAAUAUCUAACCUCCCGUUCCUCUCCAAGGUUCUGGAAAAAGUGGUAGCUGCCCAACUUCACACUCAUCUCACCCGCAAUAACAUCGCUGAGAAAUUUCAAUCCGGGUUUCGCUCUGGCCACAGCACUGAAACAGCACUUGUUAAGGUCACCAACGACCUUCUCAUGGCUGCCGAUGCAGGCUCCCCGUCACUUCUCAUCCUGUUGGAUCUGUCCGCUGCAUUUGACACUGUCCACCACAAUAUCCUCCUUAACCAACUUCACUCCACUGGAUUCUCUGGCACUGCUCUAACCUGGCUUCAGUCCUACCUCUCGAACCGGACCGAGUACGUUU